UCGCGCUCUCUCUCUCUCCUCCGUCGGUGCGGCAGGGCCCUGCCUUUUCUCCCCGUGACUCAGAAAACCGGUUUCCUGUGUUUGUGGGUCUCUCGCAGUGAGCGGAGAGAAAAGAGAGAGGGAGAGAGAAAAAAGAGAGCGAGCGGAGGUUUGGGAGCUUUUUUGCCAGUCUGCCACCUCAACAUGGUAUGAGCAGCGUUUGUUCGACAGCGGCAAAGGGAGAACACAAAGAGAUCCGCCUCAGUCCUUUUGCACUGGAAAAAUAACCCCACCAAUGAAGAGAUUCGGCAUUGCAGAGAUACAGUCACCGUGAAGGAAGAAGGAUAUACAUUGCAAUUUUUAUUUAUUAUUUAAAAAAUGGCGAACGACUCUCCAGCUAAAAGUCUGGUGGACAUAGACCUCUCCUCUUUGCGGGAUCCUGCAGGAAUAUUUGAAUUGGUGGAAGUGGUCGGCAAUGGCACGUACGGUCAAGUAUAUAAGGGGCGACAUGUUAAGACUGGGCAGCUGGCGGCCAUCAAGGUCAUGGAUGUCACAGAGGACGAAGAGGAAGAAAUUAAGCUGGAGAUCAAUAUGCUGAAGAAGUACUCCCAUCACAGAAACAUUGCCACUUACUAUGGCGCUUUCAUCAAAAAGAGCCCCCCAGGACAUGACGACCAGCUGUGGCUGGUGAUGGAGUUCUGUGGGGCAGGCUCCAUCACAGACCUGGUGAAGAACACCAAGGGGAACUCACUGAAGGAGGAUUGGAUUGCCUACAUCUCCAGAGAGAUCCUCCGUGGACUGGCCCACCUGCACGCCCACCAUGUCAUCCACCGUGACAUUAAGGGCCAGAAUGUCCUGCUGACGGAGAACGCAGAGGUUAAGCUGGUGGACUUUGGUGUGAGUGCCCAGCUUGACAGGACAGUAGGACGGAGGAACACCUUCAUUGGGACGCCCUACUGGAUGGCCCCUGAGGUCAUUGCCUGCGACGAGAACCCUGAUGCCACCUACGACUACCGAAGCGACUUGUGGUCCUGUGGGAUAACAGCCAUUGAAAUGGCCGAGGGAGCCCCUCCUCUGUGUGACAUGCACCCAAUGCGAGCACUUUUCCUCAUCCCCAGAAACCCUCCCCCCAGGCUCAAGUCCAAGAAAUGGUCCAAGAAGUUCUUCAGCUUCAUCGAGGGCUGUCUGGUGAAAAACUACACCCAGCGCCCCCCCACAGAGCAGCUGCUGAAGCACCCCUUCAUCCGGGACCAGCCCAACGAGAGGCAGGUCCGCAUCCAGCUCAAAGACCACAUUGACCGCACCCGCAAGAAGAGAGGGGAGAAAGAUGAGACGGAGUACGAGUACAGCGGGAGUGAGGAAGAGGAGGAGGAAGCUCCGGAGCAGGAGGGGGAGCCCAGCUCCAUCGUGAACGUGCCGGGCGAGUCGACUCUGCGCAGAGACUUCAUCCGUCUGCAGCAGGAGAACAAGGAGCGGUCGGAGGCGCUGCGCAGGCAGCAGCUCCUGCAGGAGCAGCAGCUCCGCGAGCAGGAGGAGUACAAGCGCCAACUGCUGGCCGAGAGGCAGAAGCGCAUCGAGCAGCAGAAGGAGCAGAGGCGGCGGCUGGAGGAGCAACAGCGACGCGAGCGGGAGAUGAGGAGGCAGCAGGAGCGCGAGCAGCGGCGGCGGGAGCAGGAGGAGAAGCGGCGGGUGGAGGAGAUGGAGCGCCGGCGCAAGGAGGAGGAGGAGCGCAGGAGGGCCGAGGAGGAGAAGCGGAGAGCCGACCGCGAGCAGGAGUACAUACGUCGCCAGCUAGAGGAGGAGCAGAGACACCUGGAGAUCCUGCAGCAGCAGCUGCUCCACGAGCAGGCCAUGUUGCUGGAGCACAAGUGGCGGGAGAUGGAGGAGCAGCGGCAGGCCGAGCGACUCCAGCGCCAGCUGCAGCAGGAGCAGGUCUACCUGCUGUCCCUCCAGCAGGACCACAGGCAGCAGCAGCAGCAGCAGCAGCAGCAGCAGCAAGCCAGGGAGCCCAAAGGCCCCGCCCCUGAGCCAGAGCUUGAGCCAAUCGAGCGGGUCAGAGAGGCUGAUGAAAGGUUUCGAAAGAAUAUUCAGGGCUCGCCUCAAGCAGCACAGUCCAAGCAGCCCCCUGCGCCCUCUCGCCCCGAACCCUUCUCUAAUGGAAGCUCCUCUGAGCCCGUCCCGCCUGCAAUGCACAGGCCAAUGGAACCACAGGUCCCGUGGUCUCAGCUGGCAGCCCCCCCUGUGUCUCACUCCCAUUCCGUCAGUGAUCCAGUUCCUAGUUUUGCACACCUCCACCUGCGAAGUCAGGACCCCCAGCACCCAGCCCCUGCACGCAGCCACCCUCCGCCCUACUCAGACCCUAGAGCGGGGCCACCCGCGCCCAGCCCACAGAACCGGGCCGAGGGCCGCAGUGAGGAGACCCCCCCCAGGGUUCCAGUGAGGACGACGUCCAGGUCACCCGUGCUGUCCCGUCGAGACUCGCCUCUCCAGGGCAAUUUGCAGCAGAGCAGCCAGGCUGGACAGCGGAACGCUGGCAGUAAUGCGGAGCCGCGCCUCCUGUGGGAUCGCGUGGAGAAACUGGCCUCCAGGCCUGGCAGUGGAAGCUCCUCUGGCUCCAGUAACUCCCAGAGCGGCUCAGGGGAGCGGUUCCGUGUUCGCUCAUCUUCCAAAUCUGAGGGUUCCCCAAUGCAGCGCCCAGAGAAUGCUGGGAAAAAGCCAGAGGAGAAGAAGGACUUUGUGCGACCAACACGGCCAGCGGGUGACGUGGACCUUACUGCCCUGGCCAAGGAGCUGCGUGCAGUGGAGGACGUCCGACCCCCCCACAAAGUGACCGACUACUCCUCUUCCAGCGAAGAGUCCGGGACUACUGAUGAGGAGGACGAAGACGUGGACCAGGAGGGGGCGGACGAAUCUACCUCGGGCCCCGAGGACUCCCGGGCUGUCUCCUCCAAGCUGAGCAACGGAGAGUCGGACGUGAACGCUCACGACGAGGCGGAGAGCGAUCCCGCGACCACUCCCUGCAAGGAUGGCACUUUAAUCGUCAGACAGAGCGCGGGUGACAAAAAGCGCCCCGGGCACCCGGAGAGCAAUGGCUUUGCCGGCCGUAUUCACCUCUUGCCAGAUCUCAUCCAGCAAAGCCAUUCCUCCUCCUCCUCCUCCAACUCAUCCAACCCCCCUUCAUCCUGCCAGACGAGCCCCUCCAUGUCCCCCCAGACCCCCGCGGACAAGCUCACUGCCCACCAGACCCAGUCUGCCAGUAACACUCUCCAGAAACACAAGUCCUCUUCCUCCUUCACCCCCUUCAUCGACCCCCGGCUGCUGCAGAUCUCCCCCUCCAGCGGGACCUCCCUCAACAACGUGGCAGGUUUUGGUAACGAGGCCAGGCUGCAGGAAGCUCUUAGACAGGACCCCUCCAGGAAGGGCUCAGUGGUUAAUGUGAACCCAGUCAACACGCGGCCCCAGAGUGACACCCCCGAGAUCCGCAAGUACAAGAAGAGGUUCAACUCUGAGAUCCUGUGCGCUGCAUUGUGGGGUGUGAACUUGCUGGUGGGCACGGAGAGCGGUUUGAUGUUGCUGGACAGGAGCGGGCAGGGGAAGGUGUACCCCCUGAUCAGCCGGCGGCGCUUCCAGCAGAUGGACGUGCUGGAGGGCCUUAACGUCCUGGUGACAAUAUCAGGUAAGAAGAACAAGCUGCGCGUGUACUACCUGUCCUGGCUGAGGAACAAGAUUCUGCACAACGACCCGGAGGUGGAGAAGAAGCAGGGCUGGACCACCGUGGGGGACCUGGAGGGCUGUGUUCACUACAAAGUCGUGAAGUAUGAGCGAAUCAAAUUCUUAGUUCUCGCUUUGAAGAAUUCCGUGGAAGUCUAUGCAUGGGCCCCAAAGCCAUACCACAAGUUCAUGGCCUUCAAGUCUUUCGGAGAUUUAGUGCAUAAACCCUUGCUGGUUGACCUGACGGUGGAGGAGGGUCAGAGGUUAAAGGUCAUCUACGGUUCCUGCUCUGGGUUCCAUGCUGUGGAUGUGGAUUCAGGGGCAGUGUACGACAUCUACCUGCCGACACAUAUCCAGACCAGUAUCCAGUCUCAUGCCAUCAUCAUCCUGCCGAACACGGACGGCAUCGAGCUGCUGGUGUGCUACGAGGACGAGGGCGUGUACGUCAACACGUACGGCAGGAUCACCAAGGACGUGGUGCUGCAGUGGGGGGAGAUGCCCACCUCCGUGGCCUACAUCAGGUCCAACCAGAUCAUGGGAUGGGGAGAGAAGGCCAUUGAGAUCCGCUCUGUGGAGACAGGACACCUGGAUGGUGUCUUCAUGCACAAGAGAGCCCAGAGGCUCAAGUUCCUGUGCGAGAGAAACGAUAAGGUGUUCUUUGCGUCCGUACGCUCUGGCGGCUCCAGCCAGGUAUACUUCAUGACCCUGGGAAGGAGCUCACUGCUCAGCUGGUAAGAGAACAGAGGCCUGUUCAAGGGAAAUGACCCUGGAAUGACCGUCUUCAAGAUUUGGAAUGAUGACACAAAAAAAAAAAAAAAAAGAAUCCAACAACCUUUAACUUCAUCUACAACUGGAGCUACAACGAGCCACACCGAGCACCGAGGCUGCACGAUACCUGAGCCUGUCGCCCGGUGACACAACGGACAAAACGGAGUUCUACAAUUCAAAAACAAAUAAAUGAAUAAAAAAACAACGGUCCUGAAAUGAAGGUUGCCUGCGCUGACAAGAUUCUUGAUGUCGGGCGUCAGGAUCGUCGCCACAACAGCGACGAACGUGAGGCGAGCAGGCGACCAGUGACAAUUCCAGACCCCAGUCUUCACCUCUCCAACCGAUUCAGGAACCCCCCCCUCCUGCCAACUGCUGCACUGCAGUCAGGGGAGGAGCAGGGGUCAGAUUCUGUAGUAUUAAUACUCCAGUCCAGCGUAUGAUAGAUCAGCCUUAGGCGGACAGGGAUCAGCUUGUAGUAUUAAUACUCCAGUGUGUGUCGUUAGUGCUCCGGUGUAUGUUUGAUGUCUUUCUUUUGGAUCGCUAACAGCUGAGGGUGACAUGAAGGCAAAAAAUGUCUGCCGCUUGCCACCCAGGAUAGAAAUGGGAGGGGCAGGGGCACCUUGAUACUGCCCACAAC